UCAUGUUAAAGAGCCAUCCACAAUGCUAAGGUGAACACUGGAUCACGAUCUGAAAUGAUUCAUCGAGGGAUACCAUGCAACCUCAAAAUCUUCUCCAUGAAGAUACGAGACACUGAUGCUGUUGUAUACGAUGAUCUGAUCACUAAGAAAUGUGCCACCUUGGUCAACCUAUCAAUGGUGACCAUAAUAACAUAGACACAGUACAGAUUUUUAUUACUGUGUAAGUUUCCCCUUCUGUGUCUACACGCGGUUUAAUUUGCACCAAAAAAAUGCGUAGUGUAGAAUGUACUAGAACGUACCAGGGAAACCAUUCUAUUAAAUGCUCUGCUAGCUUUCAUUGAAAACCUCCGAAAAAAUAAAUAUGGAAGGAGGAUGGCAUAGCAGAGCUCUCAUAGAUGGAGAGACAAAGGAGGUUUUAACAAGCUCAGGUUUUUCCACAAGAUUUUGCAUUGAGUCAAAGGCUCUAUGGAAAAUUGCAGCCCCUGCAAUCUGCAGUCGGCUUGCAAAUUUUGGUCUCAGUGUGAUUACACAGGCAUUUGUGGGACAUAUUGGUGAAUUUGAGUUGGCUGCCUUUUCCAUGGUCAUCACCGUUGUUGUGGGUUUCACUUCAGGCAUUCUGAUAGGAAUGGGGACUGCUUUGGGAACACUAUGUGGACAAGCCUACGGAGCUCACAAAGAACACAUGCUAGGAAUAUACAUGCAACGCUCUUGGAUUAAGCUCAUUGGUUUUGCAGUGGCAAUUUUACCUAUAUAUAUCUUUACGACACCUCUAAUAAAAUUGCUUGGCCAACCAGAUGAUAUUGCAGAGCUAUCAGCCAAAUUAUCUUUGUGGUGUAUUCCAAUGCAUUUCUCUUUUGUGUUUUUUUUACACUCUUAGUAAGUUUUUGCAAUCACAAUCCAAGAAUUUCAUAACUGCAUGGUCAUCAAUACUUGGGGAAUUUUUAACAUCAUCCUAUGCUGGUUUCUCAUCUCAAAAUGGAGUAUGGGCCUUGAUGGUGCACUUAUUUCCUUAAAUGUAGCAUGGUGGAUGCCUGUGAUUAUUCAAUACGUGUAUGUCACAUGUGGGUGGUGUCCAGAUGCAUGGAAAGGAUAUUCAAAGGAAGCAUUUGUAGAUAUCUGGCCCUUUCUUAAGUUAUCGAUAGCAUCUGGUGUUAUGAUAUGGUUGGAAAUUUGGUAUUACAGAGUAUUGGUUCUCAUGACAGGAAUCCUAAAAAAUGUCGAAGUUGCAGUUGAUUCUCUCUCUAUUUGUUUAAACAUCAAUUCAUGGGAGAUGGCUAUACCUCUUGCUUUCCUUUCUUCAACCAGUGUGAGGGUUGUGAAUGAGCUUGGAGCAGAGAGGCCGAAGGGAGCCAAGUUUUCAGUUAUUGUUGCAGUCAUUACCUCUGCAGUUAUAGGACUUGCACUGCUAACUCUAAUUUUGGCCUUGCGUAGUGAGUUUGCUAAGAUUUUUACAGACAGUGUUGCUGUACAAAAUGCUGUAUAUAAAUUGGCCGCUUUAUUAGCGUUUACAGUUCUGUUAAAUAGCAUUCAACCAGUCCUUAUAGGUGUCACCGUGGGAUUAGGGUGGCAAGUUAAUGUAGCUUAUAUAAACAUUAUAUGUUAUUAUAUAAUUAGUAUUCCAUUUGUAUUUCUUGUUGGCUACGUAUUUCAUUUAGAAGUUAAGGGCAUUUGGUUGGGGAUGAUAUGUGGAACCGGAGUCCAAACCUUUGCAUUGAUGUUUAUUGUAUGGCGAGUAGAUUGUGUUAUGGAGGCCAAAACAAUUGCAAGUAAGGUGGAUCAAUGGAGCUCUACUAAAGCCUCUGAAAGAAAAGAAGAACCUUGAAUAGAUGAUAGUUUUCCAUUGAAAACUUUGUCCAUUUUCAAAAGUCAAACUUUUGUUUUUUAAUAAACUAAUACUUGACUUACAGAAAUUUUUAUUGAUUGUUUUGGUAGAAGUGAGAAAAUUUGAAAGAUGGUUUGGAAGAGCAAAAUCAUUGACAAGGUAAAAUUUUAAGACAUUUAGAACCCAAUUUUUUUUCCUUAUAGAGGUGAAUAUUGUUUAUUGAACUUAAAUUAAGUUGGAAGGGGAUCCGGAUUUUGCAUGCAUUUUAAA